AUGUCUGGUGCUGAUAAAAAGUUAGGUGAAAUACGUGCACUCAUACUCGUCGGUGGAUAUGGGACGAGGCUUAGACCCUUAACUUUAAGCAGACCUAAGCCCUUAGUGGAAUUUGCAAACAAGCCGAUAUUGAUGCAUCAAAUAGAGGCAUUGGUUGAGGCAGGAGUGACGCAAGUCAUCCUAGCAGUUUCUUACAGGGCUGAUGAUAUGGAAAAAGAGUUAACUGAGCAAGUUUCUAAACUUGGAGUGUCACUUACAUUCUCCCAUGAGUCUGAACCACUUGGUACCGCUGGGCCACUGGCUUUAGCAAGGGAUCUGCUUACAACCAGUACUGAACCAUUUUUUGUCCUAAAUUCUGAUGUUAUAUGCGAUUUUCCAUUUAAGGAAUUAGCUAAAUUUCAUAGGAGUCAUGGAAAGGAAGGCACAAUAGUAGUCACUAAAGUUGAAGAACCAUCAAAAUAUGGAGUAGUUGUGUACAAAGAUGGCGGGGAAAUUGAAAGUUUUGUUGAAAAACCAACAGAAUUUAUUUCAAAUAAAAUAAAUGCAGGAAUGUACAUACUUAACCCUUCAGUACUAAGUAGGAUAGAAUUACGACCAACUUCAAUAGAGAAAGAAGUCUUCCCAUACAUGGCUAAAGAGGGACAGUUAUAUGCUAUGGAUCUACAGGGCUUUUGGAUGGAUGUCGGACAACCUAAAGAUUUUCUUACAGGUAUGUGUUUAUACUUGAACAGUCUCCGUCAGAAGAAUCCAUCAAUGCUAUAUGAAGGUUCUGGAGUUGUCGGCAAUGUCCUUAUAGAUCCCACUGCAACUAUCGGCAAGGGCUGUAGGAUCGGACCAAAUGUUACUAUUGGACCACAUGUUGUUAUUGAAGAUGGGGCAUGUAUAAAACGUAGCACAAUCCUACGCGGCGCGAUCGUACGACAACAUGCAUGGCUCGAAGGUUGUAUAGUUGGCUGGCGAUCAGUUGUUGGCAGAUGGGUACGGAUGGAGAACACUACAGUCCUAGGAGAAGACGUCAUAGUCAAAGACGAACUUUACGUCAACGGGGGACAAGUCCUGCCGCAUAAGUCCAUAGCUUUAUCUGUGCCUGAACCACAGAUUAUAAUGUAG